AUGGACGCGGCCCCAACGUCCGCGGAGGGGAAGGACCAGGAGAUGCAGCAGAGCAUCCUGGACCGCGUCGACCCAACGAACGCGAGCGCGCUCUCGGAGCUCGGCGAGCCUGAGCUCUCGCGCGUCUCCGCCUUCCGGGCCACCAGGCCGGAGAGGAAGGAGAGGAGGCGCCGCCGCCACUUCCGCAGGGCGCCGCGCGCCUCCAGGAGGAAGAGGGCGAAGAUCGAAAGGGAGAUGGCCGAGUGGUUGCCCGGCGCAGUGGAGACAGAGAGGGCCGCGGAGGAGACGUUCGAGUCCGUCGACAACGAGCUGCUCGGGCAACUGCUCAACUUCACGAGCGAGGCGAACGAGACCCCCUCCCUCGACAGGGCCGAGAGGGAGCUGAAAACUAUCCAGGAGAUCUGGGACAGGUACGAGCUCGACAACGAGAACGUCACCGCGAUGGAUAUUGGAGAAGCUCUACCCAAGCAACGACACUUGGUACGGAGACGCAGUUCACCGUCUUCACGCCAUGAACGAGACCGAAUCUCACGAGGUCGCUGUCAGGCUGCGCGAGGAGGUGGAGAGGCUGAAGGCGGAGCUUGA